UCUGCAGUUCUUUGUCACGAGAUGACCCACUCCCACGCCGAGGAUGAGCUCUUCAAGACGUUGUUUGCUGGUUACAACAAGUGGUCGAGACCCGUGCCGAACAUCUCUGAUGUCGUCAUCGUAAAGUUUGGACUGUCCAUCGCACAGCUCAUCGAUGUGGAUGAGAAGAACCAAAUGAUGACAACCAACGUGUGGCUUAAACAGGAGUGGAAUGACUACAAACUUCGCUGGAAACCAUCCGACUAUGACAAUGUGACGUCCAUAAGAGUGCCGUCAGAGCUCAUAUGGGUCCCAGACAUUGUCCUCUACAACAACGCUGACGGAGAGUUUGCUGUGACCCACAUGACGAAAGCUCACCUAUUCCACAACGGUAAAGUCCGCUGGGUCCCUCCUGCCAUUUACAAGAGUUCCUGCAGCAUCGACGUCACCUUCUUCCCCUUCGAUCAACAGAACUGUAAGAUGAAAUUCGGCUCCUGGACGUACGACAAGGCCAAGAUCGACCUGGAGCGAACUGAGAACACGGUGGACCUGAACAACUACUGGGAGAGCGGCGAAUGGGCCAUCAUCAACGCCGUGGGGACCUACAACACGAAGAAAUACGACUGCUGCCACGAGAUCUACCCCGACAUCACCUACUUCUUCAUCAUUCGAAGGCUUCCCUUGUUCUACACCAUCAACCUCAUCAUCCCCUGUUUGCUGAUCUCCUGCCUCACCGUUCUGGUUUUCUAUCUACCCUCCGACUGCGGUGAGAAGAUCACCCUGUGCAUCUCCGUGCUGCUGUCCCUCACCGUUUUCCUCCUCCUCAUCACCGAGAUCAUACCGUCCACGUCCCUCGUCAUCCCGCUCAUCGGCGAGUACCUCCUCUUCACCAUGAUUUUCGUCACCCUCUCCAUCGUCAUCACCGUCUUCGUGCUCAACGUGCACCACCGCUCUCCCAGCACUCACAAGAUGCCCCGCUGGGUCCACUCCGUGUUCCUGAGCAUGAUCCCGCGCUGGCUGUGCAUGCGGCGGCCUGCGCCAGAUGGCCGGCGUCGCAGGCUGUUGCUGAUGCAGCAGGAAGCAGCGCUGGAGCGACGGCAGGGACGGAUAGCCGGGUUCAAAUCCAGCAACUUCCUCAGCACCUCGGCGACCUGGUUAAGAGAUGGGACCACCUCAGAGGACCUGGACAGGAGCUCUUAUGAGGAUUUAGAGCUGGGAACGCUGACGCCCACUAAAGCAGAUAACACAGUAUCAGACUCAACAUUCCUGCUUUCACCAAGUGUUAUACGCGCUCUGGAAGGGGUGCACUACAUUGCAGACCAUCUGAGGGCUGAGGAUGCCGACUUCAGCGUGAAAGAGGAUUGGAAGUAUGUCGCCAUGGUGAUUGACCGCAUCUUCCUGUGGAUGUUCAUUAUUGUGUGCCUGCUUGGGACCAUUGGCCUCUUCCUACCCCCUUGGCUAGCUGGCAUGAUCUAGCUCAUGUGAGAAGCUGUGAGAAAUCCAU